GCUACGAGGAUUGUUUUGGUCCUUCAAUUGAUAUAAUGUACAACCGGGUGUAUCUUUUACGGUUAUACCAAUUGAGUCUCAUCUUCAAUGACAGUCUUGAGUACUUGACUCAGUGUUGAAAUUUUUAAUCAGAGUAUUACGCCAUAACCAAAACCUUCAACCUGAAAACAGUGAAAUCACUCAGAAAAUAGGCAUGCGCCAAACAUGGUGAGUCCAAGAAGAAACCUAAGUUCAGACAAUUCUUUUCAAUUCCAAUCAAAUUCUCUCUCCUCAAUCCUGAAUUUGUUGAAAAAGCCUCAAGCUUUUCCUGUUUUACUCUUAAUCUUCCUUUUUCUCACUUGGGUUUCUCUCAAAUUUCACAACCCUUCUCAUUUCUCUCCUGUUCUUCAAAAUCCUCAAAGAUGGAGUAAAGAAGAAGACUUUAAAGCUAAUUUGGUUAGGUUUCUUCCUUCUAAAUUGGCUAAAGAUAAAAGGGGUUGGUUGCUUAAUCCUGUUUCUGCUGCAAAUGAUGCUGGUAUUAAUGGUGGGGCACUGUUCUGUGCUACAGUUCAUGUUGGUGAAAUCCGACCCGGAGGAAUUCGAGGGAAUCACAGACACUAUACUAGCAAUGAGACAUUCAUCAUUUGGGGUGCUCAUAUAAAGUUUAGGCUGGAGAACAGUCAAGUAGCUGAUAAGGGUUAUGCUGAAGUGGUAAUUGGUGCAGAUGAGGUUGCUGUUGCAGCUAGCCCAAGAGGGAUAGCCCAUGCACUGGUGAAUGUAGAUCCGAUAAGGACAGCAUUCCUUUUGGGAUGUCAAGAUGAAAUUGUUAACUAUAACAGCUCGAACACUGCUUAUAAUAUCUGGAAUGAUCUUUAACUUUGCCACUUUAUUUUGUAAAUUCUGUCCUGAUUUUUUUUUUUAAUCUUUUAUAGCAUGUCAUUAGCUCUAAGGGCAUCUCUCAUUUUGUGAUCUUUGUCAGGAUGUUUCACUCGUUGGUUUUUGCUAUCUUUUUGGUGGUUUGCUUUAUAUGGGUGAAUUUGUAACAGUGAUUUACUUAUAUUGAUUUAUUGCAAAAGAUUACUGGUUUCGGAUCUCCAAAUCUUGCUUUCUUUUUUGUAUAAUUGUUCUGUUUUGUGGAAUAUAUUCUAGAUUCUACUGUAUUAGAUCUUCGAUUGGGUGGUGGGGGAAGGGGAGCAAAUAGAACCUUUUAGCAAAUUUAUUACUAUAAACUACUGUAUUUGAAGUAUUCAAUUGAGAAGCAUUUGAGCUUUUAUAUGAUACGGAGUAAUAUAAAAUGAAUUUGCAUCUCCCUUUUGCUGCUCUGUAACUGAUCUAAUUAUUUAUUACAUAUACCACAAAAGCUCAUUUGUAUACAAAAAAUCUCCCUUAUGUAGUGAAGAAUAUUUCCUUUGAUCCCGCUACUUAAGAUCUUAUUUAACAAAAGCUUAUUUGCUUUCAUUUGGUAAGGCGCUUAUGCUGAGGCAUGGGGAUGUUAGGUAGUGUGCAUAAGACGCCUUACCAAAUGAAAGAUGCUCAUUCAUGUAAAAAGCAAAUAAGCUUUUGGUAAUGUGCAUUGUUCCAGUACCGAAGUGCAGCUGUGUGGGGUCCCAUAACGGAUCUAACUUGGAUGUGAAAGAUGCUCUUUCAUUGAGUUGGAUUCCGACCCAGCAACAUUGACUGUUGCACUUAGCUCCUUGUGAUAUCCAUGGAGGCCAACAUUAAGAAAGCUAUGGUAUUAUUGUUCAAGAGGCUGAGCCUGGGACACGGCAUUCUGUUCUCUUCAGUGGAUGUUGGACUUCUUUCAAUUCAGAAGAUUGACUUAAGAGUCAAUGACACAAUCCUACUCUAUGAUGUUGACUGAUUCUGGUGCCAACAUCAGCGUUGCCUUAAUCCAAUGCUCCAGUAGGCAAAAUACGAGGAUCUCCUGUUUUUCCACUUUAGUGGUCAUUGUACACAAAUUCCUUCAGAAGAUGGUGACAAAUUGUUGGAAAGAAUUGCACGAUGAUUUCAACCUUAUCUUUGAUACGAGCCUACUGCUAAGCCGUUCUGUUGAGAUUUGAGAACAGGAGAUUUCAAUGGGCAUGGCCAAAUAGGUUGUUGGAGUAGUUUUGGGGCACCUACAGAUGCUGUCCAUUUGAUGCUUAGGAAGCAUGAGAACAAUCAGCAACCACCACUCUUCAUAUUGGUAAGGGAGAGGUUGAAGCUACAAAUAUUUGCUCAGCAUCUGUGCUUGUACUGCUGUGAUAAAAGUUGUCCUAUUACUUUCAGGGCCAAACUGCUUAAGGUCGCCUGCUGAUGUUCGGUUGUACACCCAUUCGAUGCUCAAGCCGAAGGGGAGUUGAGUCUACUAGUUGGUGAUACUGUUGUGGUGCAGCAGGUAUGUUCUUCAAUUGGUGGUGGUUUAAUAUCAGUCACUUCGCACAUGUAGUCAUGCAUAUUACUGUAAUGGUUAUUGAUUAACAACUUGAUUUUUGUGUGGUGCUUUGUUUGCCUCCAAUGCAAUGGUAAGACAGGAUGGCUUCCUUCGCGUUACUUACAAAGGUUGGAUGAAGUUUCAGAAGGCAACAUAUCCUGGGCAAACCUUUAGCAGCAAUAGUUUCUAAUUACCACUUAAUUUUUGCUGUAAAAUAACUUGUAUAGCUUAUUGUUUUUUCAUAUAAUAUUCAGUGUCUUUUAUAGAAAGGAUCACAAUAUUAAGUAGAGAAAUUGUACAAAUUCAUGGGUUUUAAGUUUUGGUGUUGUCUAAACAUUGUGUAGCACAUAAUCUAUGUACCAAUGGUAUAUAAUUAUAAAUUCAGAGACAAUUUUUAAAAGAUA